UCACCGUAAUGAUCAGUCCGGUGUGAACGAUCGCUGCAAUCAGAAGACAUCCCAUUGCAGUUUAUAAACUUCCUCGCCAGGAACUUGCCAAAGUGUACUAGUACGAUUUACAAGAAUGCGGCAAAUUGUUGUAGUCGGUGCAGGAGUUAGUGGUCUUAGCGUUGGCGUACAGUUGGCAGAGCAUUAUUAUGGCGUGGCGAAUGUUACACUUAUCUCCGAAGCAAUAAGCCCCGAAACGACUGGGGAUGGUUCUGCCGGCUUGUGGGGACCUUAUUAUUGCGGAAAAACUCCUGAGCACAAGAUUGUUAAGUGGUCCAGUGAAACGCAUUUGUUCUUUCAUCAAUUGUGGAAACAUGGACUAGCCGGAAAGGUUGGAGUUUGUCUGCAACCAUGUAUGCGAUUGACUACAGAACCUAACGGAUAUCCCGAGCCUUCUUGGAAAGAAAUCGUGUUUGGCUGCCAACGAAUUACGGAACCAGAAUUAACGCGCUUAAGUAAUGAGCACGGUCGUCACUAUACCGGAGGUUAUCAGUUUGCCACCUUCACUUGCGAACCAUCAAAAUUGCUGCCAUACCUUUUCAAUCGAUUCACCGCCGUGGGGGGAAAAUUUGUUCAUUCCAAAGUACAUCGCUUUGAGCAGCUACUACUUGACCGACCGGUUAUUGAUCUGAUUGUUAACUGUACCGGCCUUGGUUCACGAGACCUCGUCCACGACAAAAACGUGCACCCUAUUCGCGGGCAAGUAGCUCGGGUUAGUGCUCCUUGGGUCUACGAGAUUAUUCUAGACGACAGCGACGAUGGUAACUAUAUCAUUCCGAAUUCCGAAACUGUCAUACUAGGCGGAACACACCAAAUGAAUGAUUUUAAUCGUAAUGUGAGUCGUGACGACAGUCGAUUUAUUUUUGAUGGGUGCGAAAAAAAGCUUCCAAGUCUCAAAAAUGCAGCGACAUUGUCUGAAUGGGUUGGAUUACGUCCAGGACGUGACACUGUUCGAUUAGAACUUGAGCACUACAACACAGGUAAUGCAUCGAUACCUAUCAUCCACAACUACGGCCAUGGAGGAUGCGGUGUGACGCUUUGUUGGGGUUGUGCUAAAGAAGUGGUCGAAAUUAGCAACACAUUGGAAUGGAGUCAAUGCCGACAAUCAAAAUUAUAGAAACUAAAUUCCAGAAACCGUACUAAAAAUCUCUCUUUUUACGAAUAUCGUCCAUUGAGAGAGAAAACGCUAGGGGAAGUUUUCUAAAAAAAGCACAAAAAUAUAUCGACUCCAAUCACAAACGUG